UCACGUCACUUCACCACUAUAACACACACACACACUUAUAUAUACACACACACAAACCAAAAUCAAUGAGCCUCGGACAGCCAACUCUUCCAGGAAGGUAUUAACCAUCACCUAGCCAAUAUGUAGUGCCUGAAAGGCUGAGCAGGGAGAAGAAUUCGACAUAUAGAGAAGCUAAAAAGUUAGAGGGGUAUUAUUGGUCCACAGAGCGAUGGGUUUAUAGAGCGUCGGCUGCUCGUCAAUUCAAAACAACAAAGUCGGAUGCUCGCAUUUCCGCUUGGGUCGCUUCACGGAAAAACAACGGGGAAGGAAAAGUGGAAACGGGAGAACUUCCUGAAUUCGACCGAGACAUGUCCGAGUCCCCUUUACAACUCAACAUUAAGCAGGAGAGGAGUGCAUUCAGUCCCUCUGCCAGUCCACUGCCAAAUUCCACUUCCUCUCCAGGCCAUGGCGCUCCGCCUCUGACUAAUGCCAAGACAGAGGAAGAGCCAGCCAGACUGCCUGGACACCUGCGUCUGCAGCCUGUGUUCUGGAGCAGAGAGGAUGUCGUUCAGUGGCUGCGCUGGGCUGAGCGAGAGUUCGCUCUCCGACCCAUCUCCAGCGGAAGUUUCCAGAUGAACGGUAAAGCCCUCCUGCUGCUCACCAAGGAGGAUUUCCGCUACCGUUCACCCCACUCAGGAGACGUUCUUUACGAGCUCUUGCAACAUAUCCUGAAGCAGAGGAAGCCCCACUCAUCCUUCCCCAACACGUAUUACCCUGGAAACUCCUUUCACUCUCUGUCUGACACAGCUCUGCAACACCAUAAACUUGAGGAAACGGUACUAAGAACCCCCCGAAGCACAGAUACCCAUCCGCUCCAACCUCCCACCAUCGAGCUCCGUCAUCGCUCGCGCUCUCCUCGCCGUUCGCCUGCCAAUGCCCCACACGUCCACCUUGCCUCAGCCGAGGAUGUCCAACCAGUGCCCUCCCAGUUGCCGGACAGCAACAACCACCUCCCUGAGGACCUGUACCCACUGUCCGUGUCGCCCGCGGCCCCAAAUGGCCACCACGCCCAGCGUCCAGCCAGCCCCUGCCAGGAGGAGGUGGUGCCUCCUCGGGUCAUCCAGCUGAUGCCCAGCGCCAUCAUGCACCCGCUGCUGCUCAGUCCUGGACGAGGAGGGGUGCCCGGCGAGUUCAGACAAGGCCGGACAUCAGCCCAAGAGAACGGGCGUGAGGGGAAGAGUCAUCAUCAUCAUCAUAAUCACCACCACCACCAUAAUCAUCAUGCUCCUCCUCACCAUAUACUGAGCCUGGCAGGGCAGCAACAGUCACACCAGCAGGAAGAUGUCCGCUAUAGGAACCAGAUCCUUAUGCCCGUGUCCCCUCCUGAGGAGCAGGGUGUGCCUAUUGGACGCAUUGCUGAUUGCAGACUGCUGUGGGACUACGUGUAUCAGCUCCUUUCAGACAGUCGCUACGAGAACUACAUUCGCUGGGAGGACCGUGACACCAAAGUGUUCAGAAUCAUUGACCCCAAUGGCCUGGCUAGACUGUGGGGAAAUCAUAAGAACAGGACAAACAUGACAUAUGAGAAAAUGUCAAGAGCACUAAGACACUAUUACAAACUGAACAUCAUCAGGAAAGAGCCAGGCCAGAGGCUGCUGUUCAGGUUCAUGAAAACCCCAGAUGAGAUCAUGAGUGGACAGACGGAGCGCCUGGAGCAUCUCGAGUCAGAUACGGAUGAUCAAAUCUACAUUAAAGAGGAGUGCUGAGUGCUUGCCACACACUGAGAUGAACUUUUAAAGCCGUAGAUGCCUCGCCAAUGUUCUGCUGUGUUCUCUAUCCCCCCGAGCAGACCUGGACGUUGCUUAUAAUAAAAAUGGAAGCCGACUUAAGGAAACGUCACUUUCUGCACUGUUUUCUACGCUGAAUCUUAAUAAUCAUGCCCUUAAUUUUCUGGUAUCUGCUUACUGAAGACUAAACUUCAGUAUGACAAUCAUUUAAAUUAAUGAUAAAUACUCCUAUAAAUCGCCUCUUUCAAAUUCCUGGCACAAUAAAUGAUUUCAUACUUUUUUUUUUUUUAAAUGCGUGUUGUACAAACACAAACCGCAGUUUGUGUAAACGAGUUAUACAAGAGAUUAAUUCAAGAAUAAAUUUUAAUGAGUGACUUAUUUGCUUCAUGUGGGUUUUUUAAUACAAAUUUUUUUUUUUUUUUUUUAAAUGGUGUGUGAAGCGUGGGCAUCACAUUAACUAAAUCCGUCACUUCUGCUGGUCCAAUUAUAAAGUCUCUCAUGCAAAAAUUAAUACACAGAACAAGGCCAGUUCAAAAUACACAUCGCAACAGGUGGAUGGAAAUACUGUUUGAGUGUUUUAGAUUAGCCAUAUUUGCUCUGCGAAUAUCUUUUGCAGUCUGGAUACGUCUUGGAUAUGGUGGCACAGCAGAUGGUGUUAAUGUGUCACAGCUCCAGGAUCCCUGCUUUGGUCCUGAGUUCGGAUUACUGUCUGCUUUAGUGCAAUAUUUGAACAUUUUUAAUGGAAUUUUGUUCUCCAAAUAACCAUUUAAUGCUUGCUUAAAAUGCCUCUGACGCCCUCUAGUGGCUGGCUGCGGUACGAUUUUCAACACCACCCAUUCCCAUGUUGGUGAAUAGGACCAAAACUUGCACUAAAAAAAAAAAAAUAUAUAUAUAUAUAUAUAUAUAUAUAUAUAAUUUUUUUUAAAUUUAUUUUUAAAAAAUUGCAUCAUCCUGCAUGUUUUUUGGGAAUAGUGUUCAGUCAUUUACAAGUUCUGUGGACCUUAUUAUCUAUCUAUCCAUCCAUCCAUACUCACCAGCCACUUUAAUAGGAACUUGUUCUUGAUUCUAAGACUCCUGUUCUUGGCUGGCAGGAGUGAAACCCACUGGGUCUUUGGCAGCUGUUGCAUACUGAGAUGCUUUUCUGCUCACCACUGUUGUAAAGAGUUGCUAUGAGUUACUAUAUCCUUCCUGGCAACUCGAACCAAUCUGGCUGUUUUCCUCUGACCUCUAUCAUCAACAAGGUGUUUAUUUCCACCCACAGAGCUGUCUUUUACUCAUUGUUUUUUGUUUUUCGCACCAUCCUGUCUGUGUAAACUCUAGAGACUGUUGUGUGUGUGAAAACCCCAGGAGCUCAGCAGUUUCCGAAAUGCUCAAACCAGUCCAUUUGGCUUAAACCAACACCCAUGCCACAGUGAAAGUCACACUUUGAGACCACGAUCGUUUUUGCCAUUCUGAUGUUUGAAGUGAACAUUUAACUGAAGCUCUCGAUUUGUAUCUGCAUGAUUUGAUGCAUCGUGCUACUGUCAAGGGAUUGGCUGAUUAGAGAACUGCAUCAAACAGCAGGUGGAUGUAUGUGUGCGUGUCCCUAAUAAAGUGGUCAGUGUGUAA